AAUUACGAUCGGCUGAUAUCGUCGAUCGUAAUCGCGUAUUUAUUAUUUAAAAUGUAUUUAAUCGAAUAAUAUAAACAAAACUAUGGAUGAAAACGAAUUCUUCCGACAGACCGUGCAGCAUUUAGCUCGAUGUCUAUCGAGUAUAAAUCCAACACCAUGGGAGAAGGUGAAUACCCUGUUCAUGCUAUGUCCGCAAGUGAGCUCGUCUCUCAUUGUUACACCUCGGAGUCAAGAAGCGUCUAUAGCCCUCGGACUGUACUUCCUGCAGAGCAACCUGCAGCAUCAGGACAAACUCUUGCCAUACUUCUUGAAGGUCCUGAAGUGUCUAACUACUGCACAGUUUGAGGAACCAGUGUAUAGGAUUAAAAAUGGAGACCGUAUACCAAUGUCAGAGAAGUUCAGUUUUUGUCUCAAUACCCUGCUCUCAGACAUCGCCACGAAACAGCCCUCACUUCGAGAGGAAAUCAUUACAGCGCAAAUUGAACUCAUGUCCAACCUGACAAAGAUCAUAAUCAGUUGCCAGGAAAGCAAGGACUAUUCUAGCACUACAUCUAAACUGCAGCUUUGCAAGAGUACCAUACCUAUUUUAAUUGGAUUGGCUCGGUCUAUGGGUCGAUAUGCAACAGUAGAUCCUCCACUUCUCUGCCGGCUGUUCCCUCAGCCUCCAAGUCCAGUUAAGACGAAGGAACCGGAGCCAAACUUCGAAUAUUCCACUCUGGACAAGAAAAGGAAAUUCAACCAGUUCAGGCCUAUCAUUCCAAGGUCUUUAUCAGGAAAUUUGAAUCCGAACAACGAGAUUCUUAUAGAAAAUGGUACUGAUGUCGUUGACAGUACUGGAGGGACUCUCAAAAGAGGUUCCCUCCAUAGCUACAACUCAGUUCCUUACGAUCCUACGACCUACUUCUUCCACAAGUUCGGAUCCAGUUUCAACCAGUUUCCGUACAUGAGGUUUUCGGAGUCUCCAGAAAAGAGGAUCAAUGUGCAAUUCUACGUGACUUACCUCCAGUCAAUAUUGUCUUUAGCAAAGAAGAUGCUUACCAAAGAUUUGUUGGCGUUUUUGGAUGAAGAGGCUGAAGAUAUUUACGCUUCUGGACAAAUUCAGGUGUUCCCAUACAAGUCCUUUUCGGAGACGUUGAAUUUGGUGAUGGUGACUCUCUUGCGAGAAUUGCUGCAGCAUCAGAAGGACUUGCCUGGUCCCUUCACCAAAGAUGUUCAGGAAUUUGUAAAAUGCCUCUUCUUGAGUGGUCAAACAGAACUCCAGAGCCGACAUCACGAUGCUUCUGAAAGAGAAGAUAGAGAGAGUAACUUCGCAACUGUCAAUAAGUUCAAGGUCAACGUAAUGGCUAACUCAGCCUGUGUCGACCUCCUAGUCUGGGCUAUCGGCGAUGAAACAGGUGCGGAUUCGUUAUGCGGACGUUUAACUGAGAAGAUAAACUCCAAUCAUAACCACAAGUUGAUACUUGCACAUAUGCCGCUGUUGAUGGUCUGUCUUGAGGGGCUCGGUAAACUAGCAACAAAAUUCCCGACAAUAGCGAACACAUCGAUAUACUGUCUCCGAGACUUCCUCGUGACCCCUUCGCCGAUACUCUUCAAACUACACAAGUUGGAGCUGGAGAAAACUGGCAAGGAACAUAUGAAGGUCACACACGAUACUACGCUUCGGACAUAUUUUCUUCAGGGCAAAGAACUCCAAGGGUUAACAGAGACAGGGGUGCCGGUGAAGUCGACGCCGUUCGAGAAACUUCGAGACGCAGCCAUUGAAAAUCUAUGCGUGGCUCUAGAAGCCGCUUUGACUGUUGACCCGUACUGUGUGCCGGCGCUCGUUGGGUCAGUCAGUAACCGACUGUUUACUGCUGAGACUAGUGAUAGUGAGUCGUCGUUAAUAAGUACAAAUAUUGUGAUAAUGUUGGGACAUGUCGCUGUCGCCCUGAAGGACACUCCCAAGACCACAGAUACUAUUCUACAGUUCUUCCAGCAAAGAUUAUGCCGCGCCCCAUCGUCCCUAGAUACGUUAAUAGUGGACCAGUUGGGCUGCAUGGCGCUCGCGAGCCCUGAAGGACCGGCUCAUGAUGAGAUCAUGCGAAUGUUCACUGUCAUCACAGUGGAAGCCGCCAGCGCUGCAUACCAUCAUACUGAUGAUAAAAAACAAUACAGGCACGUAUCAGGCGCCGUGCUAAACGCCCUAGCGAAUAUAGCAGCUAACGUCCGAGGUACAACGGCUCGACUCGAACUGUUGACGAGAUUGCUCGAGCUAUUCGUACAGCUUGGCUUGGGCGGAGAACGAGCUACUGAUCGGUCACCUGCCCCUGUGUUGAAGGCUUCGGGUAGUGCUGGGAACUUGGGUGUACUUAUUCCUGUGAUUGCGGUCCUAGUAAAAAGGUUACCCCCGAUAAGGAACCCGAAACCUCGUCUCCACAAACUGUUCAAAGAUUUCUGGCUCUACUGCGUCGUGAUGGGAUUCACUGCGGCUGAAUCAGGACUUUGGCCUCAAGAAUGGUACGCCGGCGUAAAAGAGAUAGCAGUCAAAUCUCCUUUCCUUGUCUCUCAAACAUCGUUACGUUCGGAAAUGAGAGAGCUACAAUACACGUCCGCCGUCCGCAACGAUUCGGUCUCGAUUAACGAACUUCAAGAGCUAAAAACUCAAAUUUCGAAUCUACUGGACCAUUCGCCGGAAGUGACGGUUUUUGUGAAUAAAUUGACGUUUGCGCCGUGUAUGUAUUUGCUGAGCGUUUAUUGGUUGGAGACUUUGAGAGUAUCAAACUCCCCCGAACCCAGUCUACUGCCUAUCAUAGAGUAUCUGAGUGACACCGCGUUACAAAAAGACAAGACUGGUAUGUGGCAGUGUGUUGCCAGUGUCGGAGACAAGGUAUUCCAGAAAUUCAUAGACGUAAUGUCAGACAAGGUGAAAGAUGAAUGUCGAGAGAGGGAGCUAGAACAACACGCGCAGUUCCUAUUGGUCAACUUCAACCACAUACAUAAACAAAUCAGAAGGGUCGCUGACAAGUGGCUCGCGGGAUUGGUUGAUAGAUUCCCGCAUCUGUUGUGGAAUUGUCGGGUCCUUUGGUCAAUGUUAGACAUCCUACAAGUACUAAGCUUCAGUUUAGAACUAGACGCUAAUCAAGAAACGCCGCUACUCAAAGUACCUGGAACUGACUUUACAUUGCAACUGCAAGAUACGCUGGAGGGGAGAGAGUGCAUUGUGAAAGAUUUUGCCGAUCGCUGCCAAGGUAUAGUACAAGAGGCGAUGAAAUGGGCGCCGCAGUCGACGCGGUCUCAUUUGCAAGAAUAUUUAAAUCAGGUUCCAAACUCGACUCUCUGGCAUCAUUGUGGGUUGGCUCUUGCAACUGGAGCCCUACUAGGCGCUGCUGGACUGAACAGAAUGUCAGCUCCACUGCCACGGUCAGCGCUGGACAAGAGGCCACCCUGUGUUACUCAGGACUCUGCUGCUUUACUGGCGGUCGUUUCUCAGCGUAGCCGAUAUGCAGGAGAGAUUUCGGGGGCAGUGAGCGCAGAAGGCGGCGGCGAGGCGGCACUGUGGCGGGUAGGGGCGCGUCUACACACUGCGUUGCGGGACGCGUGCGCCAGCGGCAGCGAGACGUCGCACCGCGCGGCACUGUGGCGCGCCACCGCCCUGCUGGUGCACGCGCGCCACCACUCGCCGCACGCCGCGCACUCACACACGGCGCCCACGGCGCGCGCGCUGCUGCACUCCGUCGCAUGGUCUCAAGUAGACAUCUUCACUGAAGACGCAGUCACCACGGCAGUAGAAUGCUGGCAAUGGUUAACUACCUCUCGACCAGAUCUAGAGAUCCGCCUCAUGCAGGAGAUCUUCGCGGCCUGGCAGAGCACUGUCGAUAGAAGGAUGGGACUGUUCUCUAAGCACUUGGAGGAGACCAGUCCUUUAGCUGCUCAUGAAGGCGCUAAACUGGAACCUCGUCCUCCAUUCGUGGCUCCGCACGCGGUGUGGGUCCGUUACCUAUGCGAGGUCGCCGAGACUGCCAAGUACAACAGUUUGGAGAAGGUGGAGAUGCUGGCGAGCUUGUUACACAGAUCUCUGCCGAUUACCGUAGGAGAUGUGAGAGAUAACAUCAAUAGGCAUGUGGAAGCAGUUGGGGUUCGAUUUAGACUCCUCUCCUGCGGUCUAUCCCUCCUCCAAGGCGACAUCCUCCCCCGCUCCAUAGCUCGCAACAUACUCCGCGAGCGAGUGUACGCGGCCUGCCUCGACUACUUCUGCCGGGGUCUCAUGUGCCCGGCCAAAAGUUCCAGUGCGUUGAGAGAGGACAUCAUCUCUCUUAUCAAGUUCUGGCAGCUGAUGCAUUCUGAUAAGAAGUAUUUGAAGAGCAGUGACAUUGGAGGAGAAUUCGAGCUCAUGGGUCCGAGCAGUCAACAAAGCAUUUACACGUCAAACUCCCCGAUUGACAACCGAUCAUCUGUCAACAGUGACAUAGGGAGCCGGCAGACUACGGGUUGGAUUAAUACGGUACCCAUGUCUACGACAACGUUAAGCAGUGGUGCGGGCAGUAUAGCAGGCAAGCGAUCCAACCGCAGUGUCAAACCUCCUGCGAAACCACAGGAUACUUUUGUGAAGGAUUACGUCAGGAAGAGGAAUCUUAUAUUGGAACUUAUGGCAGUGGAGAUAGAGUUCCUAGUAACCUGGCACAACCCCCACGGUCGUCCAGAACAAGCCGUGCCGGGCGAGGACAACAUUACAACAUGGCGGUCGAAACCCAAUACAGACCGCACGUGGCGGGAUUACGCCAAACUCGCAUGGGACAUCAGUCCUACACUCGCUGUGUUCCUGCCUGAGAGGUUGAAGAACGAAGGCAUUAUAUUGGAAAUACGUCGCAAGGUACAAGCGCAGCCUACUGCAGUGUGUCACGUGCCUCAAGCUCUGAAGUACUUGGUCACUACUGAAACAUUGUUGAGUGAUGCUCAUGAGCUAGUCCACAUGAUAACCUGGGCCCGAGUGAGUCCAGUAGAAGCUCUGUCGUACUUCAGUCGCCAGUACCCGCCACACCCACUGUCGGCGCAGGCCGCUGUCAGCACUCUGACGUCAUAUCCUUCUUCCGCUGUUCUAUUAUACAUACCUCAGUUAGUACAGGCUUUGAGACAUGACACGAUGGGCUACGUAGCAGAAUUAAUAAAGUCUUUAGCGAAGAAAUCACAAGUGGUAGCUCAUCAGCUAAUAUGGAAUAUGCAUACUAAUUUAUACACGGAUGAAGAAAUGCACAAUAAAGAUCCAGCUCUGUUCGACAUCCUAGAGAGCCUUACAAAGAACAUCGUCGAUCGCCUCUCUGGACCUGCGAAAGCUUUCUAUGAAAGAGAAUUUGAUUUCUUCAGUCAAAUCACGAAUAUCAGCGGAAUUAUCCGACCGUUCCCGAAGGGGGCCGAGAGGAAACGAGCCUGCUUGGAGGCGCUGAAAACUGUUAAAGUUCAGCCCGGUUGCUACUUACCUUCAAACCCAGACUCAAUGGUUAUAGACAUCGAUUAUAAGAGCGGUACCCCUAUGCAGAGUGCAGCGAAAGCUCCCUACUUAGCAAGGUUCAGGGUUCGGAAGUACGGCAUAGAUGAGAUGGAAGCCGUCGCCAUGGCUAUAUCUGCUGGAGAAGAUCCUCCAACGGAGGACGGCAAAGACAGGUUCACUGGCAUAGCAGCGGAAGUGUGGCAGGCGGCCAUCUUUAAAGUAGGGGAUGACGUCAGACAGGACAUGUUGGCGCUGCAAGUGAUAUCGCUCUUCAAGAACAUAUUCCAACAAGUUGGGUUGGACUUGUACCUGUUUCCCUAUAAAGUUGUCGCCACUGCACCUGGGUGUGGCGUAAUAGAAUGCGUGCCCAACGCUAAGUCCCGCGACCAGCUCGGCCGGCAGACCGACAUCGGCAUGUACGAGUACUUCAUCAAGAAGUAUGGAGACGAAUCCACUAGGGAGUUCCAGGCCGCUCGUCGCUGCUUUGUGACAUCAAUGGCCGCGUACAGUGUGAUCGGCUUCCUACUGCAAAUCAAAGAUCGUCACAACGGUAACAUUAUGUUGGAUGUUGACGGGCAUAUCAUUCAUAUUGAUUUUGGUUUCAUGUUCGAGUCGUCGCCUGGUGGGAACCUGGGCUUCGAGCCGGACAUCAAGUUGACGGACGAGAUGGUGAUGGUGAUGGGAGGGAAGAUGGAAGCUCCGCCCUUUAGGUGGUUCUGUGAACUCUGUGUGCAGGCCUUCCUCGCUGUCAGGCCGUACCAAGAAGCGAUAAUAUCGAUGGUAUCGCUAAUGCUAGACACAGGCCUCCCAUGCUUCCGUGGACAGACCAUCCGGCUGCUAAGAUCCAGGUUCGCUCCAAACUCGACAGAAAAAGAGGCAGCCGCCUAUAUGCUCUCAGUUAUAAGAAACUCCUUCUUGAACUUCAGAACGAGGACUUACGACAUGAUACAGUAUUACCAGAAUCAAAUACCAUAUUAAAAAGUAAGAACGUGAUAGAAUCUUAUAUAAAUUAUGAAUGCGAUAGUUUGUUGGAGUUGUAUGUAUGUUAUAAACGGCUGAAGGUAUAAGAAAGGAACAGUGGUAGAUUGUGGUGUGGAAAAACACAUAAGGUAUUUAUGUUCACUGCACAGUUGGGGCGGUGGCUGGGCAACUGGCUGCCGCGCAAAGUAUCGCGGGUCCGAUUCCCGCAC